CACAGUUGCAGGUGGGGACCUACGGCUCACCUGUUGUUUCAGGAAAUGGAAAUUUGAUCCAAUGCACACACCACAGUCGGAAGUUACACGAUUAGCAGCAUGAGUGAUUCCAGGAAAUGUCUCAUCUACAUCUGUUCUAUACUGUGCUUCACUGGAGCUGCGUCGCAAGAGUUCCAGCUGGAGCCUCAGAAUUUAUUUGUGCUGAAAGACUCUGAUGCCCAGUUCCGCGUCACCAUACAGGGACCAUGGGAGGUCAUGACCUGGGAUGUCGGAGACGUUCAAGUCCUCACGUUACCAAUAAACAGUCCUAGCAUCCCGGCUACAGGACGGUUUGAGGCCAGCUUCUGCGUUACUGACGACACAAGCUGUGUGCAGUUCACCAUCAUCAACACCACCCGCAAUGAUACAGGACGGGUUGCCUGCACAGUGCAAAACAGACCUGGGCAAAAAGUAGCACAACUUCAUGUACAAGAGAGCGGUACAGUCAGUAUCCUCGGAGGUGACACAACGGUUCCGCAGGAUGAGCAGGUGGAGUUCCAGUGUGUAACAUCUGCUUGGUUCCCCACGCCUACCAUCACUUGGAACCAAAAUGGUGAAGCUGUGAACAGCAGCCUGUACAACACCACCAGCGUGGCUGACGGGGAUUUCUUCAACGCCACCAGUGUCCUGAAAUUCCAGGCAGUGAGGAACACGACAGUCCAAUGUCUGGCAACCAUACCGGCGCUAACUAACCCAGUAUCCAGCUCUGUCUUCAUGGUGGUUGAUGCAACAGUUCCCGUGCCUCCUGACUGGACUGUGCUGAUAGCUGUGGUUGUGUCCUUUGGAGGUUGUGCCCUGCUGGUUUUACUCAUAAUUGCAAUCGUCUACUGCUGCAAACGCAGGAAACAAAAACAAACCAACUACCAAGACGAAAUGAGCAGGAGGGUGAGGACACAGAGCGUGGUGAGCGUGUCUGGACAGAGACAGGGAAGAGUGAACAACGCGUACACACCGGACAGUCAGACAAGUGUCGCUCCCAGUGAAGUCAGUGACUUUGACCAGGAAAAGGUCUACAGUGUUAUUACGUUGCCUGACAUUUUGCACAGCCACUAUGUGGAAAAUAGCGACGGCGGCCCCUACAACACUGUGGACGAAACCGGCUUCAGGAAACACAGACAUGUCACAAUUGUGUGAAGUUGAAGACAGAAAGAGGAGGAAUGAGCCUAGGAUCAAACUUGCACUACACCUCAAAGCUUGGCUGCUUUGGUUUCUAAAGACUAGAUGAAAACAAUGACUGGAUCUGCCCGUAAACCAAAGACUGAUUUACUAAAAUAACACCUUGAAAGUUGUGCCAACACAAUUUGUACUUUCAGAAUUACCCUGAAAAGUACUAUACUGAAAGAUUGGAGAUUGUGUUCUUUAUUCAAUGUACAUGUUUUCAUUUUCAUUGAGAUACUAUGUAUUUUAAAUUAAAUAUUUAAACAAUGUAAUAUUCUUUACGUCUUCCACAUUUGUAAAUAUCUUGAAUGUAAUUCUCUGUAUUAUUUUGUGGAGAAGUGUUGGCCCCUUCCUGAUUUCUUAUUUUUUCACAUGUUGGUCAUACAUAAAUGUUGCAGAUCUUCAACCAAAUUUAAAUAUAAGACAAAGAACAAAAUGCAGUUUUUAAAUAAAUGUUUUUCAUUAUUAAAGUGAAAAAAAUCCAAACCUA